CUUGAGGCAAAAGGACAGAUGCAAGAGGAAGUCAUCUGGGAAGAGAGGCCUACUGCAUUGAAGACCAAGAGUAUCAAGACUACAGUUAUAAGACUUUAAUAUAUUCAUUUAUUACAGUUAUAAAAUAAAUUGUUUUAUUAUACAGGAGUGAAAGUCAUUUUAUUUAGUUGUCCUAUAUGCCUCACGAUGGAAGAAUAACAAACCAGUUUGGAGUUUUUUGCAUCACGGUCGCCGUAACUGAAGCCUUCAUUUUGAGAAGUACGAUUCCUCCUGUUCCGUUAGAUAUUGUUCCAGGCGAUAUCAACAUCCAGCAUGACGGAGUACAUCUCACAUCUGAAUAUCAAAUGAAGUCAUGGUAUUCUGACCUUUUACAUAAAAUUCCUGAUCCAACUCCUGCUAUUAAAGACAUGGUUAACUCAGUAAGCGGAUUUUUCGGUUGGAAGGGAAUUCAAACAUAGAAUAAUUAAAGACCAAUUAUAAAAAUUAUAGGUGCAUAUUGUGAGGAAAUAAUAUUUUAAUCUUCUUAAAAUAAAUUUUUAAUAUUUUACUUAUAU